AUGUUGUCAAUACCAUUUUUAGAAGACGUACUAAAAGAAUGGAUUAAGGCAAAAUCUUUUGAUGAUCCUGUUGAUAGAUUAAAUCACUUUGUAACAGCAUCUAUUCUUGGAUUUUUUGCAAUUAUGGUUUCUGCUAAACAAUAUGUUGGUCAACCGAUACAAUGUAUGGUACCUAAAGAAUUUAGUAGUGGUUGGGAGCAUUAUGCUGAAGAUUAUUGUUUUAUUAGAAAUACUUUUUAUGUGCCUUUUAAUGAAUCAAUUCCGGAAGGGUAUGAUGAUCGCCAAAAAACUGAAAUAGGAUAUUAUCAAUGGGUUCCAAUUCUUUUAGCCUUACAGGCUAUAUUAUUUUUUGUACCAAAUUGGAUUUGGAAAAGUUUAUAUUCACAAUCUGGGAUUGAUUUAAAUACAAUUAUUAAUGAUGCCAUGACUUUGGGUAGAAUUGGACCUUCUGAUAGGGAGGGUGAUAGUAUUAAAUUAAAAGAAUAUAUAGCUGAUUGUCUUGGAACAAAUGAUAAUGGAAGAUCUUUUCGUAUUGGAUGUUUUAAAUUGCAAGCAUAUCAUGGAAAAUAUAUUACAACACUUUUUUUGUUUGUAAAACUUCUUUAUGUAUUGAAUAUUAUUUCUCAAUUUAUACUUUUAAAUAACUUUCUUGGAGAUUAUUACACAAUGUGGGGAUUAGAAGCAAUUCAACAUUUGUGGUAUGGUAAAAAAUGGGAAGCUUCUCGUGCAUUUCCAAGAGUAACACUUUGUGACUUUUCAGUGAGAGGAUUAGCUAGUGUUCGCCGUUUUACAGUUCAAUGUGUUUUAAUGAUAAACAUGUUCAAUGAAAAAAUUUACCUUUUUAUCUGGUUUUGGUUUUUGUUUGUUGGCAUUAUUACUAUUAUUAAUUAUCUAUAUUGUUGUGUGUAUCUUAUGUCACUUUCACGUCGCCUCUCUGCCAUCAAAUAUAUUUUGAAGGAUCUUGUUCAUGCAAAAAACUCAAGUCAACUUAAAUUGGCUAUAAAAUAUUUCACACGUGAUGCACUUAAACCCGAUGGUUAUUUAAUUCUUAGAUUUAUUGAAAGGAAUGCUGGAGCAAUUAUUACAAGGGAUAUCACUCAUAAACUUUUUAAAGAUUAUCUUAUUAAACAUGUCGAUAAUUAUUCAAAGGAACCUGGUGACAUUGAUUGUGUUUAA